UACGUGGGGAAUACACUAUGGGAAAACCACUGUUGAGCAAUUCAUUGUGCAGUGUUAGUGGCAUUAUAACUGCAGAAUUCGAGAGGAUCACUUUGGAAUGAUUCAAACUGGCAACAUUUAUUCAGUCUGUUAAUUUGUGUAACCAAAAUCAACCGAAGAGACAGAUAUAUUCAAAUCAGAAGACAUUGAAUAUCCAUAUCAAUUUGAGUUUCAAAAGGUUGUAAUGCUACCUCGACGAAAACUAACAAUUACAAUGAAUCCAAAACCAGGACGCUCCACAGUGGAGAAAAUACCAAGUGUUCAUGAUUCAAGCCUUGAAGCGAGCUUUACCCAGAUGACGAUUUCUCACAAUUCAUCAUCGUCCGACAACAAGAGCGAAAAUCCCAAUGGAGAGGAGCAGUGCAAAGGCAGAGGCCCACAUCACGAAGAGGCUGUCCGUAACAGUGGACCAUUUAACGGGAUAUUUCAGUGCAGACCUUGCAAGAUUUCAUGGGCAGUGAGCUACGCCACCUGGCCAAGCAUACUGAAACUAGACGACUGCAAACACUGCAAGAAACAGAUUCGUCCAGAGAUGCACUUGACCCCCUACCAGGGAAAAGGACGGCGUUAUGGAGGAUAUCAUUGUAGAAAUUGCAACAAUACAUGGUCAAGUGCUGCUAGCUGGGCAAACACUUAUCAACAAUGCCGGAAGUGUAAGAAGUAUGUCUACCCAAAAACCCAGGAAAGACUGCGCCACUCAGGAGAUGACAGCACUGGCAGUGGUAAACCGCACCAGCAAGAACUCUGUGGCAAGUGUCAGGAACUGGGACACCCUUGCCUCUCACUAGCAGUUGGUGCAGAUGGUGAUGAUGCUGGGAGUUCUACGACACACGAUGAUGAUGGUGAUGACCAGGAUGACUAUUAUGAGUAUGACAGACUACAGGAGUAUGUUGAUCAGCAAGAUGAUCGGUACCAAAAUGAUUAUGAUGAUGAUGAACGGAACCGAAAUGACGAUUAUGAUCAGUACCAAGAUGACUAUGAUGAUCAGUACCAAAAUGAUUAUGAAGAUGAUUACUAGUAGGCUACUAAGAUGAUAAUGAUCAUCAACAGUAAGCUGAUUAUAAUGAUGAUCAGAGCAAUGAUGGUUGUACCAAGCAGAUUAUAUUAUAAUGAUGAUCAGUACCAUGAUGAUCACAAUGUGUUAGUUGUAACUUGUAUAGAUAUCACGUGUAUAGAUAUCACGUGCACUUUAUAUAAAUAUUAGCAUUGUAUCAUGUGCAUUAUGUAUUACUAGCAUUGUACCUGUGGCGCAGGCAGGUUCAAAUGGGCUAUACCUUGAAUAGAUUAAAUUGCAAUAAACAUCUAAUGUAAUAUCAAAGGAGCGAUAUCGAAGAGACAAAUUAAACCAACCAUUUGUCCACAGACUCGGACCUAGCUGUGGCGUGCUGUAUGCGUGUAUAUAAAAGUGUAUCAGUUGGUCCGAUAGAGAUGAUGAGGCAAUGCCUCGUUCCUUAGUCAGCAAUAUGCGCCUUUUUAUACGGAGAAGAAGGAGUACCCAGAUAGGCCUUCACAUGUCGGCCUCCAAAUGGCUCGAACCAUCACUACUAUAACUUUAAAAUGCGUGCUCCUCCUAUACAUGUAGCCAGGUCUCGGGCAAGGCACUUACUCGACAGGCAAGCUAGAAGUUCAGCACCGUGAGCAGCUCCUUGAUAAGGCAAUUUCAGGUUCAGCGCGCCUCUUCAGAUCAAGUAUUGAGAGCUGUGGUGAGCACAUAAACAUACCAUGGUAACCUUCAUUAUCACGGGUUAGCUCUGGCUAACACAGCACCCAUAAACAAUAGACCACCAAUUUGACCCCAGCUCCUUACUGCGGGAAAACCCAAGUCCAGCAACCGAAAGUACCAAAAAUACAUUUUUGUUAACAUUUGAACUGCACACAUACGUUUGUUUACAAUUUCUUUCCCCGCGAAAUCUCGAAGAUCAGGUGACCUACAAUCGUGGAUUGAAAAUAACAUUAACCUUGGGUCAGGAGGUCAACACGUGUACAGGCUGUUCCAAUCACCCCCCUACAGCCAGCCGUUCAACAGUUGGUGUUAGUCACCCCACAGGGAGUGCAGGUGAUUCAUUAAUCCCCUGCAUAACUAAACAGCAAUGGCUUGGCUUCCGUGAGUGGUAAGGAGAAUUGACCGUGUCCGAUUAAAAAAUCCUCAUUACUGCUCCGCUGAAGUAAAUUUCCGAAAAUAAACAUGACGUUGCAUCAGGAUAACAUAUCACCCGCAAACGUGCAAAAUUUCGAGACGAAACACGACCCCCAAAUGGCACUUUAGUGAGCCGCCUUAUAGUAUUAUGAUAUAGAUUUGUUUUGUGUAUUAUCUGAUGUAUUUAAUUUGUAUAUACUUCUCCUUUUAGGAGGUUUUAUUAAAUAAAUAUAUAAAUAGAGUGGUUUUGGCAUGUCUUGGCUACCACAUCAGUUAUGCAAGUAUCAAUUCGUGUCUUGUACCCCCCCCCCCCUCCUCAAGGGUACGACACCCUAUCACCCUAUAACGACAUCUUUAGGCUGAAGCAUCACCCUUUUUUCACCAAUGCUACUUUUUCUUUCGUCAAGACAUCACCAUCAACAAUAUAUCAGUUAUCACCGUCAUAUAAAGUAACCGAACUAAUUUUACUGGGUAAGGCUGUAUGUUCGACAAGACAUCGACACAUUAGCAUCCUUAUUCUUUCCAGCUUCGCCAAAUUUUCACUAAAGGAAAAAUAAAUACUAUUCAAGCAUCGGCAAAGAUUAGUGGUGAUAGCUUAACUACCCUUGAGGAGGGGGGGGGUACAAGAAACGAAUUGAUACUUGCAUUAGAGGUGACUGGUAAAGCAUAGAACUUAUUUAUGUACAAUGAUGCCAUGUUGUAAUAUCUAUAAAAAGAAGUAUAUACAGGGUGGUCCAGAAAAAACGCAACCGGAUACUGCCACUACCACGUGGUUAAAACCAUUGAUAUCAGUGGAUGUGGAAUCUUUCUAGGAGGAAAAUGACACCAAGGUCGCCCAAUUUGGUUCAGUAGUUUUUGUUUUUGAGCCUAUUUUGGGAAGCACCGACAGGCUACAUUAGCGCAUAGGAAAAAUAUCGAACUGUAGUAAGAAGGUGGAUUAAAUGUUAGGUAAUAAUACUGACAUGAGAUAAUGUCGACAAGGUUCCUAGUGACAAUUUGUAACUGAGUAAAGGUCGUGUUAGCAUGGCCAGGCCUCAGCACACCAUCGAGAUGUCUGUAACCUACAGCAGAGGCACUUUUGUUUUUCUGCAUUGAACCUGGCCAAGCCAAGGGACACCAACCUUGCUUCACAAAAAUGUCUCUCCAACAAAAAUUACUGGAGAGAAUCGGUCAAUCUUGGUAUUAUCAAUCAUUCUUCUUGAAAGAUUACCAAUCCACUGGUAUCAAUGGUUUUAACCCCCUUGUAGAUGGAUUACCCGUUUGUGUUUUUUCUAAACCACCCUGUAUUUUGUUUAUGGUCCAUAGACCUUCCCCAGACGACAUCUUUUCUCAGAAUGUUUUUUACACUUUAAAUCCAUUGAACAUGUUGAACCGUUGAUUAAAAAUAGCCUGAAAUAUAUUCAUCUGGUUAUAUUUCGACAAAUAAAAUUUAGUCAGUUGUAUUGUAA